AUGAUUCAUAAAGAUUCAUUGAGUUCUGAAAAUAUUUUUGUUCUCAAGAAUCGAAAGCUCAACAGUAGCAGUAGAAAUAAACAACAACAAAAACAGAAUGAGACGAAACAAAAGCUAACAGAAAAUUGUAUCUCCAAUAUUCCUCAUCAAGUAAACUUGUUGAAUGCUUCAUUCGCCCAAAAAUCUUGA